UAUAAAUACAAGUUGCGUUUUAAAAGAAAAUCAUGUUUUUAUUGUGCCUGAUUUGUAUUUAAAACUUUUGAAAAUAAAGUUUUUUUAAAAAAUGAUUUGGAGAAAUGUUUACUGUUUGCUGCAAAUGCUAUCUGCAUUGACAGUGGUUACUAGUUUCAAUCGGUUUCCAAAUCUUUUAUCUGAAAUGAUGGUUGUUGCAAUGAGCGAUGUUGCACAUCCUUGUAAUGAUUUUUAUAAGUAUGUUUGUGAUAAUUGGACAAGGAAUUUCCCUAGACCUAAUUAUUAUCCAGUCUGGUCUCCAGAGGAAUUAACUAUGGACUACUUAAUUGAUAAAAUUAGAGAAGUCUUAGAAAGUCCAAAUGUUGACCACAACUAUUUUCAUGUGUAUAAGGAAAAACAGUUUUAUGAUUCGUGCAUGGAUACAGAUAUAUCGGUAACGGAAGGGAGAAGAUUGUAUUCACAAAUAAAAUCAGAAAGUGAACAAGCAAGGCCACAUUGGCAAAAUGUUGCUGAAUAUUAUGCUAGUAAAAUUGGUGAAGUUUCACUAUUUCAUAUUACACUAAAUUCUGAAAACCAAUUAGUGAUUACUAAACCAGUUAAUACGGAAGUAAACAAAUUAUUAAGCGGAAAACUAGGCAGAAGUUUAUUGGUUGACUAUUUAAACAAUAACAAACAGAAUCUAAUAUAUCAUCGACAUCCAGAAUCCGAUUGGAAUUUUGAAGAAGAAUUUUACAAUUUUUUAUCUGAUUUAAAGGAGCUCCUUACAAAUCCCAAGUCACUGUUAAUAACAGUUAGUAUUCAAGAGUUACAAGAAAUGUAUGAUAACAAUUGUUCUUCAUUAGGUUCAUCUGUAUCAAAGAUUGAAUGGCAUAGACUUCUUCAAAAACUUUCUGAACCUGAUAUUAAUUUAGAACCUUCCUUUCAAUUACUGAUUGAUUUUGAAUAUGUAAAAGGAUUAUGUGCAUUAUUAAGUGAUACACAAGAUGAUGUAAUCGUACGAUAUUUACAAUUUAACUUCCAAAUGUCUUAUGAGACGUUGUUUCAUUUAAAUAUUUUUAACAGCGCAACUGGAGAAGAAAUGACCCCAUUGGAGAGGUCUGUAAAAUGUAUCACCAUGAUUCCAAUAACUACUGGAUUUUAUGAAAUAUUAGCGGAUAGUGACGAAUUCUAUGAAAGAGAAGAAUUUUUAAAUGACCUGGUUGAAAGAAUAAAAUACGAGUUAAAAUUAGAAAUCAGAAAUAGUUGGAUGGAUGUUCUUUCAAAACGAAAAGCAUUAAAAGUGGUAACAGAUUUAUCACUUCAUAUUAGCAAACUGAAUUUUCCAACACUAAGAAAGGAAAUAUCAACAACUUCAUACGGUUUUGACGUUACUACCGUUUCUUUGCUAAAUUGGAUCAAUUUUAAAAAGGCUCAAAUGGUAUACAAAUUUGAAUUAUCUCUAAUUCAUUCACAAACAAAAAGAAGAAGAAAGAGGCAUUUGAUAAUGAAUGCAUUUUAUGAACCAAAUAAACAUCGAAUACUGAUUUCUCCGGUAAUGUUGUUUCCACCAUUGUUUUCCUUAAAUGCACCAAUAGCCUAUAAUUUUGGAAGACUGGGAGUUACAAUAGGACAUGAAAUUUCUCACGCAUUUGAUUACCAUCGUUUAGAUCCAAAAUUUGGGUAUACUUUUCAAUCUAAUCCAUAUCUGAAUUCUACAUUUCAAGAGAAAUUAAAAUGUGUAUCUGAUCAGUAUAUCAGUCUAAUGGUACCAACGAGUACCCUCGUUGAAAAUAUGGCUGAUAUACAAGGAAUAAAAUUAGCAUACAAAGCAAUGCAGCGCUACUUUAGAGAUCAUCCAGAAGCAGUUAGGAGGAAUGGCUUUCAACAUUUCGAACACUUUGAUAAUAAUAAAAUAUUUUUUGUAUCCUUUGCAAAUAAAUUUUGUGAAACUCGUGAAUUACCAAUGCCUGUUACAACUCAUUCACCAAAUGAUAUGAGAGUUAUUGGAAGUCUACUAAAUAUGAAGGAAUUUGGAGAGUCCUUUGCUUGCCCAGAAAACACACUUAUGAAUCCUACUAAAAUAUGCGAUUUUUGGGAGCCAACAUAUAAUCCAAAUAUGAAUUUAUGCUCAAAUUUUAAUUGCCUUCGGGUAAAGUAAAAAAAAUUCUAAUUUACAUGUAUAUUCUACUGUAUUUAUCUAAAGAGAUAAAUGAAAUGUAUCGGCAUAUAUAAUUACCAAUAAAAUGUAUUAAAAAAGUGA